AUGCCGGAAGCUAUGUCAGGUGUGCUCGGGAUUGGAGAAGUAGGGGGAAGUACUGCUGGAAGAGGUGGAGCGGUGCCGGAAGCGAUGACAGGUGUGCUCGGGAUUGGAGAAAUAGGGGGAAGAACUGCUGGAAGUGCCGGAGAGGUGCCGCAGCCAUGUCAGGUGCGCUCGGGAUUGGAGAAAUAG